GUACACCGCUCAAGACAGGCAGCUCCGUUUGGGCGCUCUCCGAAAAUGGGCUCUUCUUUGUAAAGGCCGCCGCACGUUCUUCAAGAGAGGCAAAAUAAAUCGGCGGAGGGGAGGAGCAGCCGCCAGAUGGGGCCUGAUUGCUCAAUUGGCCUUUUAUUCGGGGCGAUCAUGGAUGGGCGGGCAGGCAGGCGCCUAGCAGAGCGUCCUGUCCCCCCCGGCGGCCCUCCCCAGGGCAGGCUCAGCCCGACCUCUCCGCUGCCCCCCCGUCCCCGCCACCCAUUCGAAGCCCCGGCUCGGCUUCCCAACGGGGCGACGCGCAGCUACGGCCUCCGCCGCUUCUUCCCGGGAGUUUUCUCCACUCGUGGGGCGCAGCCCGAGGAAAAGGCCGCGCCCUCGAGUUGCCAUGGCAACCGCGCGGCCUGGCUCGGCUGGGCCGCCAUGGAGCCUCCUCCGCCUUCCGAGUGGGCGGCGGCGGCCCUGGAGAACCUGCGGGGCGUGGAAAAACAGCUGCAAAAUGAAGGACUUGUGUUCAACAAGGAAACGGUGUUUCGCCUUCAAGAUGCUAUUAGAGCCAUUAAGGAAUUGGAAGAAGAAAGAAAACAUACAAUUGAAUUGUGGGAAGAAGAGACCAUCAAAAACUGCAGUCUCCGUGUGCAUGUCAAAGGAUUCCCAGCGAUCAUAAUGAAAGAGUUUGAAGAGCUCGUUGCUGCCGCCCGCCGGUCUCGUUUCUCUAAGUUAAAAGAGAUGGAGGACUCCAUACACGCAACUGCCUCUACAAUAGAAUUGACAUAUGGAAAGCAGGAGCUCUCUGAAGCACUCAACCGUGCACUGUGUGAGGAGCAAAAACAGCUGUUGCUCCAGCACACAGCAGCUGUAGAGCAACUGAACCAGCAGAUGGCCACAAAGCAUACCAUCAACCUUGAAAUCAACGAACUUCACAACCUGAGAAGAGAAGACGAAGAGGAAACAGUCAGGCAAAAGAGUGCCAUCCAAGAGCUGAAGGAAAUAAUGGCUAGCGAGGCAGAUGAUUUUGAAGAAAAGAUGCGCUGGCUGGAGUCACAGAUUGCAGAUACCCAAAGCAGACUGGAGGCCAGGAAGCGUCAGGUAAUAGACAAGCAGGCAGAGUAUGAAGAACUGACUGCAGUGUUAGAAGCUCUUCAGGCAGAAGUUGCAGACUAUGAAAAUAGAAUUUCUACUCAGAGAGAGGACCUAGCACAGAUUUUCAAAAAAAUCAAGCAGCUAAUCAAGGAAUAUGAGUUCAAAAAGGCUGAAAAAGAGGAUCUCCUCAAAAAGAGGACUGAGCUUCAAACUGAGCAAAAGGCACAGGAUUCCACCUAUGAUGAUGGCAGAGGAGAACUGCUUCGACAGCUGCAAGAGAUUGAUGAGGAGUUAGAAGCAGCCUUGCGAGCCAAUAGAAAGCUCAAAGGUGAAAACGAUCUUCUCAGCACCCAGUUUCGAACAUUAACUGAUGAAGAAGAACGCAGCCUUGCAGAAAGAGACCGGCUUGCAGAAGAAUUCGAAAGAUUAUCCAAUUUGCUCACCGAGAAGCUUGACAAAGUGGCAAAAUGCUUAAUGGAGACAAGAGUGAUGGAAGAGGAGCUUCAAAAACUGCAGGACAUAUUUCAAAACACACAGGAUUCCUAUGCAAGAGAAAUUGGAAGUUUAGAGGUGAAUUUAAGGAGAGAAAGUGAAAGAAGAACUGAACUGCAGGACCAACUUGCCGAAAUUACAGCAGAGUACCAGAAAAUGCAGGCUGACCACGAUGAGAUUGUGAACACAGCAAAGCAGAAGUUGGACCAAGGGAGAAGUCAGCUUGAUGAUUUAAUGAAGCAGAAUGAAGAUCUCAAGAAAGAAAUAAUGAAAUCCCUAGAGACCAUUAAACAACUCACUGAGAAGCUACAAAGAAGACGCGCAUUCUAUAAGAAACGUAAUGCUGCCAUGGAGGCAGAAAUCGAGAGGCUUCAGGAAGAAUAUAAUACCACAGCAAAACUUCUGCAAGAAAAAGAAGAUCAACUAAAAGUGAAACUCCCUCUCUCGGAGGAGCUGCAAAAGGAAUCUGAGCAAGCAAACACCAACUACACCAACCAGACGGACUUGUUUGCGGAGUUAAAAGAGGAAGAGCGCACGCUGAUCAAGUCCAUAGAAAAGUCACAAAAGGAGGUUAACAGACUCAGAAGGCUCAAGGUUCAAGUGAAGAAUGAUAUUAUGGCAAGCAGGAAGGUAGCUUUUGAGCAGCUGCAAAGAUUUACACACUCCGUGAAGUUCCUUGAGAAAGACAACUACGAAGUGGACAGAAAGCUCUACAUUUUGAAUGCCGAAAAUGACAGAUUAAGAGCAGGCAUUGCGUUUCUCAAAGAAGAUAUUGCUACCAUAGACAAAGAGGCAGACCUCUAUCAAUCAAAGAGACAGCAAACUCAGAAAGACUUGAAAACCCUCCAUGACCUUUUCAUCAAGAGGUGGUUAAAGGAUAGCUUCCUUCACAAGAGGUUCCUGAAUUAUGAGCAAAACAUAUUGGGUAUGCUGACAGAUCUGCUCAUAAGAAACAACAAAAGAAUUGGGACGGUUGACUCUGUGCAUACUGGGCUUCAGCUCAACUGUGAGGCAAUGGAGGCUCUGUUAAAAAGCAAGUCCAAGGAGUCACACAGCAAGGAAUGAAGUGAUAUCAAGAACUGUGAACAGAAUACUGAAGAUUUUGCUACCUGUCUUUAUUCAAAGACACAAUAAAAUACUGCACUGUGAAAUAAAUAAGUUACACUGUU